AUGGACAAGGAGUUUGACGGCAUCCAUUCGGCGCAUCUGACUCUAGCGGUGAUCUCCGGGCAGUACGUGGCAGAGAACGUGUACUCUUUCUACAACGCGUUCGUGGAAGUGGAGGUGCUGGGUGUCCCGGCCGACUGCAAGAAGAUACGGACCAAGGUCGCCAGGAGGAACGCGCUGAAUCCCGUCUGGAACGAGACCUUCAGCUUCAAGGUGGGUAGUGUCAUAUUGAAACAUUGA